ACCUCGUUUUCUUUAUGUCUUCGCACCUUUAGGGUUGCAACGGAUGUACCCAACAAAUUAUAUAUAUAAGCUUUCCUGCUCACAGAAUUGGCGUGAACUUCAUCAGACUUCGUCCUCCUCGUCCAUACCCAGCCGCCCCCUGACCUCUACGCCAUGUUACACUCUCCAAGCCCUCUACUCCGGCAGCCAAAUUUUCGGCAGCACCAUAUACAGAGCGCUCAACUCGGUCCAUCUCUUUCCCAGUCAAACACGUCGGAUUGGGUCUCAGGCUUCUUAGAAAGAUCAUCCAUCUACGACGCAUACGAUAUACAGAGCGGUAGAUGUUCUCUCCAAGAUAGCGGCCCAUCGACAACGUCGGCCCUACGUGCCAUGGUCACCGGACCACCUAUAUCUUUAGAUAUACCCCCAUCUUUAGCUAACUUUCGUACCAUCGCCGGCGGCCAUACCUCAUGUGAGUGGUCCGACGCACUGCCUUUAUUCUACCAGCAACAACUACACUACCCAUACCCUGCAUGCGAUAAAAGCCCGUCGUCAUCACAUUUUUCUUCCUCAUCGCACUCUUACUGUAUUGACCUUCCAACUUCGUCCAACAUGGUUCUUCCGUCUCAUUCAACAUCGCCGCCGCUCCCACCUGCCCUGGCAUUACCGGGGCCUUCCACCACCCCUGCAGAGAUAACACAAUCCAUUCGCACUGCAUGUGCAAGCUCUUCCAGGUCAGCGUCAUCACGCAACACAAAGAGUGAAGGCUCAGGCCCAAGACCACGGGAGAAGAAGCAUGCCUGCUGGAUGUGCGAGAAGUCCUUUGAUAGGCCCUCCACGUUGAGAAAGCAUUUGCUCGUGCACACAGGAGAAAAAGCAUUCGUGUGUGACACCUGUGGCCGUCGUUUUGGCGUUGCGUCUAAUCUUAACCGUCACGUUAAGCGGUGCAUUCUUAAGCCCGUAAACACUGCGAAUCGCACGAGCCAGAUGACAUCUAGUGACUCCGCUGGGACGUCACAGGAAGUCGCAUCCGUCCUGCCGCCGUCCGCUGCCGCCUCGAGUGCUGCCGCAUCAUCAGAUUCUGAUCCACGACCAAACAAGCGUACUCGUGAUGAACCGGCUACGUCACCAUCAGAACAGCCCAAGGCGUCCGCGAAGAGGCGACGUCGUGCUCCGUCCCCGUCGCAAUGGAUACCGACUUCCCUUCUUCCAUUCAAUCUCUUCCCCGUAGAGUCUACAAAGGCGACUACCGUCCCACUCCCACCUGUUACGGCAGUCAAAGAUGAGGUAUCCAACGAGUGGGUCGAGGAGCGCAACUCAUGGGAUGAGACUGUUGGCCUCACACCAUACCACCCAUGUGGGUGGAAAGGUACCCUCCCGGGCCCAGCCGUAGGGUUCGGCGGCAAAGAUGUAGGGAACGUCGGCCUCGUGAAUGGAGGAACGUACGUUAUGGGAAGACUCGUCAUGGUCUAAUCAUGUUGCCAUCUGCCGUGUUCUUCCCUGGAUUCUUGACUUUCUCGCUCACGCUGAGAGGUUUCUUGACAUUCUUGCAGGCUUAUUUGGACUUCCUUGGUUUUGGUUCCGCCCCAGCAUUUAUUCCUGAUACAUCACCUAGUACCCGCCAGCUUUACAUCUGGCCUCAUCACUAUUUGCUUGUUUUUUUUGGCCCGUUAGGGGUUUUUGAAAUGCUGGUCAUCUGCAUCUAAAUUACGACUGUUCCGAGUACGUACUGUAACGUUAGCUUGUUAUGAGAUUUGUGCCUGUAUCAAGUAUUAUCCUGACGAUAAUCUAUCCUGCUGUUGUUAUUCGCCAGUCGA